CCCAGCAACUAGACAACUACCUGCCACAAAACGAACUAUAAAUCUAGAUAGAUAUUUCCAAAAAUGCUACCCCUCAUACUCACAACAAUAUUUACUUUCAUCCUAACCCUAACCCUUCUCACCACCCCAUCUACAGCCAUCGACUUCCCCCUCCGAAAACGUCUCCCCCGUCCCCUCGUCUCCGCACCACACUUACGCCACGAACUCCGUCUCCAAGAUAACCCCGACAUAAAGCAGUGGGUGUCUAACCAACACCCCAUAAUGGGCAGCAGCAUGUCCAAUACCAACAGCAACCAAAAUCCCAUUAUCUCCGAUGUGCUUCCUAAGAACCGCCUGAUUAACAUCUUCGCAUCUUUGACCCGGCAGUUUGAUUCCGUCGAGUCGAAGCUAAACGAUUCUCACAGUAAUGUGACGGUUCUGGCGCCGAGGAAUAGUGCUAUUCAGGAGUUGCCUCGCAAGCCGUGGGAGAACCCGGAGGAUUAUGAACGGUUUGGGGAGGCCGGGGCGUACGAAGGGGAGGAUGGACAGGAUAGGGCCAAAAAGAACUUGGAGAGGUUUGUGCAGGCCCACGUUGUGAAGGGGAGUCCUUGGGAAGAGGGGGAGGAGGGGGUGACGUUGGCUGGGGAUAAGUUGACUUGGUCCAGGGAGGGAGAUAAGAUAUAUAUUCAACCGGGAAAUGUCGAGGUGGAUAGUAUUGCGGAGCAGGUGUCGAAUGGGGAGGUGUGGAUUCUGAAUGGGGUUAUCAAUUAUCGUUAGGUUGUAUGGUCCUAACGGGUUAGGGCGUACAUAUUCUGUGGUUUGCUUCUGAUGAUUUAAUGAUUGAUGGAUGUUUGCACAAGACCUUGCGGCAGAGGUUCGACUAAUGAUGGCGGCUGUGUCUUGACAUUGUCAUUUAUGCGCUUAUAAUAUAUGUCAUAUUGGUGUACAUCUGAACUUCGUCUAAUUUUUCAGCAACGCCGAACGCAAACACAGCCAUA